GUAAUCUUCUAUUUCCGGUCAAAGGAAACAGUCAUAGCUAAAUGAGAAAACAAUACUUUCCACUUCCUGAUUUUGGUUUGGACUUAACAUUGUAUUUAUUUUAAAUAAAAGUGUUAUGGCAAAUAGACUGCCACCAGUUGUCAUUGACAAUGGCACAGGUUAUUCGAAGAUGGGAUUUGCUGGCAACACAGAGCCUCAGUUUAUUAUUCCUUCUGCAAUAGCCAUAAAAGAAUCUGCCAGUGUUGGAGAUCAAUCACAGAAGAGACUUGGGAAAGGAAUUGAAGAUCUUGAUUUUUACAUUGGGGAUGAAGCAAUCAAUCAACCCUCCUAUGCUACCAAGUGGCCAAUCAGACAUGGAAUUAUAGAAGACUGGGACUUAAUGGAAAGGUUUUAUGAACAAGCUAUAUUCAAAUAUCUUAGGGCAGAACCUGAGGAUCAUUACUUUUUAUUGACAGAACCUCCACUAAAUACACCGGAGAACAGAGAGUACACAGCAGAAAUUAUGUUUGAGUCUUUCAACAUUCCAGGGCUUUAUAUAGCAGUUCAGGCUGUACUGGCCCUUGCUGCCUCAUGGACAUCACGACAAGUGGGUGACAGGACCUUGACAGGCACAGUCAUUGACUCUGGAGAUGGUGUCACCCAUGUUAUUCCAGUUGCUGAGGGUUAUGUCAUUGGCAGCUGUAUAAAGCACAUCCCCAUUGCUGGGCGAGACAUCACAUACUUCAUCCAACAACUGUUGAGAGAAAGGGAGGUGGGCAUUCCUCCAGAGCAGUCCUUGGAAACAGCCAAAGCCAUUAAGGAAAGAUUCAGUUAUGUUUGUCCUGACAUUGCUAAAGAAUUUGCUAAAUAUGACGCUGACCCUGCCAAGUGGUUGAAAAAAUUUGAAGGUGUGAAUGCUGUAACCAAAGCUCCUUUCUCGGUUGAUGUAGGAUAUGAGAGGUUUUUGGGACCAGAAAUUUUCUUCCACCCUGAGUUCUGUAACCCAGAUUUUGAGCUUCCCAUCUCAGAAGUUGUUGAUGAUGUUGUACAGAACUGUCCUAUUGAUGUCAGGAGAGGUCUCUACAAGAAUAUUGUCCUGUCUGGAGGCUCAACAAUGUUCAAAGACUUUGGCCGCAAGUUGCAGCGAGAUGUGAAGCGCAUUGUGGAUGCAAGGCUUAAAGUCAGUGAGGACCUCAGCGAAGGAAGAAUCAAGCCAAAACCCAUAGAUGUCAAUGUCAUCACACAUCAUAUGCAGAGGUACGCUGUCUGGUUUGGUGGAUCCAUGCUGGCCUCAACGCCUGAGUUUUACCAGGUGUGUCACACAAAGGCAGAUUAUGACGAACAUGGCCCCAGCAUCUGUCGCCACAAUCCUGUUUUUGGCAUCAUGGCUUAACAAUAGUUAUAGUUAAUACCUUUAAGUGCUGGUAACUGUCAUUCACAAAGCAUCUUUAUUGUGGCUGGUAGCAAGACGCUCAUUUGGGGUGGGGAAACAUGCAAGGAAAAAGAAAAUUUAUAUCUAUUUUAUUUAACUAAUUGGUCAUUGGUGUUGAGAACAUGUUCACCAGGUUGCACUUGGUCAAUAAAGUUCUUAACUGACAUAGCAAACUUACUGACAAGGGUUUCACUCCACUCUGUAUAUAAACACAGGGAACAUAUCUUUUUUUUUUUUUUUAUCUUCAUGGCACAUUGCUGCUAUUUAAAUUUAUUGUAUUUAUCCAUUGCUUCUCCUUGCAAACAAGUCAGAUGUAUGGCUGUGCGUUCAAGUUGUCCUGACAUUUUUCAUCUUAGUUUAUGUGGCAUUGGCAAAGUACUUUCAUUAUUGACCUAGACAUAUGUUCUUAGUUUUGUUUGGUGAUACAGCAUGUACAUCCUACACUUUGUAUCAUCCAAUGUUUAUGUUAUACCUCAAGCAUUGGCAGUGUUUAAGUGAUUCUAAAUUUUAAAAUAGUUGAAAACAUUGUUUUAAGAAGAAUUACUGAAGAUGUGGGUUUUUUUUUGUCUAUUAAGUAGUUCUAUAAAGCUUUGCAAUUUCGUCUUCUUUAUUGUAGCCCAAAUAUAAACACAACUAUAAAUACUUUUUUAAAAUCAACAAUUCUGAAUAAAGCUAUAUUGUUUUUGCCAUUAAUUUUAUAUAUGCUAGUAUCUUUCCAACUCAUUUGGGCUCUGUUUAGAGGAUGUUGAAUUAGCAUUUUUAAUUAUUUUUUUUUAGAUUCUAUUUAACCAUUCUGAUAUUGGCUUCUACAAUUCUGUCCUCAGCAAAAUACAGGAGUUCCAAUAUAUCUUGUACUAUUGUAUAUUGUUAGUACACAACUUAAGCAUGAUAAGGAUUUUAUUAUUGUCUGGUAGACUUGAUUGAAAUACACUGCUUUCAUAUUUGUUUCAAAAAAUUAAAACCAUUUCUAUUGAACUAAAUAAAAUUGACAUCAUU